AUGAGCUGAUGUUAGUCAGCCUGCAGUCUCUCUGCUCUGUCAGUGUGCAGCAGGAUCUCCGUACCAGCAGCCCUCUCGCAGUCUCCCAGCAGGACAGGAUGAUGGAGAGAGCCAAUCACAUCAACAUUGCAAUGAUAGAAGAUAUCAGCACCAACGGGACGGCCCCAGCCGAGGACCACAACAAGCAGCCGUGUGGCUCCACCGUCAGCUUCCACAACAUCGAGUACAAAGUGCAGCUGAAGAGCGGCUUUUUCUGCAAAAGGAAAACCAGUCCCAAUGAAAUACUGGCCGACCUCAAUGGGAUUAUGAAACCUGGCCUCAAUGCUAUUCUCGGACCGACUGGAAGUGGAAAAUCUUCAUUCUUGGAUAUUCUGGCUGCAAGAAAGGAUCCUUCAGGUCUCUCAGGAGAAGUACUCAUUGACAAAGCACCACAGCCUCCAAACUUCAAGUGCCUCUCUGGCUAUGUGGUUCAGGAAGACGUAGUCAUGGGCACCCUGACUGUGAGGGAGAAUCUGCGUUUUUCUGCAGCACUGCGGCUGCCCAGCUCAGUGCCUCAAAGUGAGAAAGAGGCUCGGGUCAAUCACCUCAUUAAUGAACUGGGUCUCACCAAGGUGGCAGACUCCAAGGUGGGCACACAACUGACCCGGGGAAUCUCCGGAGGAGAGAGGAAGAGGACAAACAUCGGCAUGGAGCUGAUUAUUGAUCCUUCCGUUCUCUUUCUGGAUGAACCGACCACGGGACUGGACGCCAGCACUGCUAACUCUGUCCUGCUGUUGCUGAAAAGAAUGGCCGGCCAUGGAAGAACCAUAAUUAUGUCCAUCCAUCAACCACGAUACUCCAUCUACAGACUGUUUGACACUCUGACUCUGCUGGUUGGUGGUAAAAUGGUGUACCACGGACCAGCGCCAAACGCUUUGGACUACUUCGCCAACAUUGGCUAUCCCUGUGAGCCCCACAACAACCCAGCUGACUUCUUUCUGGAUGUUAUCAAUGGAGACUCCACCGCCACAACCAUGACCAAAGUGCCUUGCUCUGAAGAUAUGGACUUUGCAGAGCUCAGCGACUCCAGGCGGAGCAUCGAGGAGCGCCUGGUAGAGGAAUACAGGAACAGCAGCUACUCCAGCGACACAAGAGCUGAGCUGGACCGCAUCGUCCAGGAUAAGAAAUGUAUCUCAUGUUCAAAAUCCCGCACCAUCACCUACAACAGCUCCUUCUUCCACCAGCUACGCUGGGUUCUUAAGAGAACCUUUCAGAACCUCAUGCUGAACCCACAAACAUCUGUGGCCCAGUUGGGAGUCAACAUUUUCCUCGCCCUCAUCGUAGGAGCCAUUUUCUUCGGAGUGAAAGACGAUCAGAGUGGUGUUCAGAACAGGAUGGGUGCCCUCUUCUUCAUCACUACCAACCAGUGUUUCAGCACUGUGUCAGCAGCUGAGCUCUUCAUCAUCGAGAGGAAACUGUUUGUGCAUGAGUACAUCAGUGGCUACUACAGAGUGUCUGUCUACUUCCUCUCUAAGAUCCUGUCUGACAUCACUCUGCGCACCAUCACUUCGGUUAUCUUCAGCUGUAUUGUCUACUUUCUGAUUGGGCUCAAAUCCACAGCUGCAGCCUUUUUCGUCUUCACGCUGACAGUGACUUUGGUAGCCUACACGGCCACAGCCAUGACCAUGGCCAUCUCAGCUGACCAGAGUGUCGUGGCUCUCGCCAACAUCCUUAUGACCAUCACCUUUGUCUUCAUGAUGAUUUUCUCAGGUCUCCUGGUGAACCUACCCAGCAUCAUGGACUGGAUGUCUUGGCUGAAGUACUUCAGCAUUCCUCGCUACGGCCUCGCAGCCUUGAAGAUCAAUGAGUUUGUUGGUUUGAAGUUCUGUGAUGAGGCCGUGAUCCGAAACACCAACUUGUCGGCUACAGUGACAAACUGCAGUGUGAGCACAGUCGGCCUGACAUGUACAGGAGAGCAGUAUCUGGACUACCUGGGAAUAGAGUACACCACCUGGGGACUGUGGGAGAAUCAUGUAGCUCUGACUGUUAUGACGUUCGUAUUCCUUGUCAUCGCUUAUCUGAAACUUCGCUACAUCAAGAAAUUCACUUAAAUAUGCGAUUAUGCAUCUUUUAUUUUUGUCUUCAAGGAACCAGGCCAGUUAAUAUUCACCGAAAUUGUCACCAUUAAAGGAAUAGUAAGAUAUUUUAGGAAAAAAACACGUUUGCCAUUUUGCAUAGAGUAAGAUGAGACGACUGAUACCACUCUCACUCUUCACUGUUUCCCCUGCUUGGAUUAAUAAAGCAUGUCUUCUUCAUCAUGUUUGUGCGCUAAGUAUGGAGCUAGAGCCAGUAGGCAGUUAGCUUAGCUUAGCAUAAAGACUGGAAGUAGGAGGAAACAGCUAGCCUGGCUCUGUCCAAAGUUAAAAAUAGAUCUACCAGCUCUAAAGCUCACUAGGGCAUCCGUUGGUUGCCUGGCAACCUCACAUGAUGACAGGACUCUGGGAAGUCACUGCGUCUGGCUGUCAUUUGCCAAUAAAUAGUUACAGCAUGUAUCUCCGUAUAGAACCACUAACUGUUGGUUUAGCUUUAGAGCAUAUUUUUGAAUAGCUAGCUGUUUCCCCCUGCUUCUUUAUGCUAAGCUAAACUAGCGGUAACACAACAUAGACAUGUUAUCAACUCAUAAAGUUGAUAUGGUAAACAAGUUAGCAGACAGUAGCUUAUUUACACAUCCAGCAGACAGAGAGUAAGAUUUUAAAUGUAUUUGGCUUAUCUAGUUAGCUAGCUAAAUGCUGCUAAAUGCUCUAGCUGUUUGGUGCUGAGCAGGAAGCGUACAGUUAGUUUUUAGAGCUUUUUUGGUGAAAGCAGCCCAAAACUGAUGGUAUGUGAGCAGUAAGAGUGAAACAAAACAGUAAAGCUGCGUGACAUAAAACCAAAACAGUGAGUUGAUAGUAAUUUGAUUCAUUGUGAAUAUAAAAAUAUUGAUGAUUAGAGAAGCUUUAUUGUAAAGAGUGUUGAUCUUCUCAUCUAACUCUAAGUGAAUACGCAAAUUUUCCCAAAAUGUACAGUAUAUUUCUUUGAGUGUGUCUACGGUUUGCACUUACAUAUUUGGAUAUUCAGUACAGGUAAAAUACAUACCUGAAUGUAAACAUCAGUUUUAUCAUCUUUGGUGAAAACCAUGUGUCUCCAAAAUGUUAACUUUUUAGCAGUUAAUUGCUGACAAUAUUCUUUAAUUUCACAUUGUUGGAGUAGUUUUAAAAGCCCAACAGAAAAGAGUUUUCUGACGUGUAGGAAUUUCAAGAUUUUUCGCAAGAAAGGACAUGGAUAAAUGUGUAAUGUGUUUCUUAUUUAUGAAUGUAUUAUUUUAAAAUCAGAAUAUACCUUUUUUUCUGUACUUUUGUAACUCCGUAGUCUUGAUUAUUCAGCUUUCGCACAAUUUCCUAAUCUUUCUUGAUUUGAACUCAGCACUGAUUAUUUGUAAUUGUAGAUAUUGUAGAAGGAUAUCACAUAGAUACUAAGUUUGUGUUAAGCUUUUCUAUUGUUCCAAAGAAAGGUUCUACAUAUACAUUUAUAUUAUGA